AUGACCCCAAGACCCCAGGUUGAUGACCCCAAGACCCAGGUUGUUGACCCCAAGACCCAGGUUGAUGACCCCAAGACCCCCAGGUUGAUGACCCCAAGACCCAGGUUGUUGACCCCAAGACCCCGCAGGUUGAUGACCCCAAGACCCAGGUUGAUGACCCCAAGACCCCAGGUUGAUGACCCCAAGACCCAGGUUGUUGACCCCAAGACCCAGGUUGAUGACCCCAAGACCCCCAGGUUGAUGACCCCAAGACCCCAGGUUGAUGACCCCAAGACCCCCCAUGUUGAUGACCCCAAGACCCAGGUUGAUGACCCCAAGACCCAGGUUGAUGACCCCAAGACCCAUGUUGUUGACCCCAAGACCCAGGUUGAUGACCUCAAUCUCUGA